UCCGGAAAUUGCGUAAAGACGUGUGUUUUAUUUUUAGCAGAACUGUUAGAGAGUAACUCGAACACAAAGCUGAUCUUCAGUUGUCAAUAUGGGAGAAAGAAAAGGAACAAACAAAUACUACCCUCCGGAUUUUGAUCCAGCCAAGCAUGGCUCCCUCAAUGGCUAUCAUAAAACUCAUGCCCUUCGUGAGAGGGCAAGGAAACUGUCCCAGGGCAUCCUCAUCAUCAGGUUUGAAAUGCCCUAUAACAUCUGGUGUGAUGGCUGCAAGAAUCACAUUGGCAUGGGUGUUCGUUACAACGCAGAAAAGAAGAAAGUGGGGAACUACUACACCACGCCAAUCUAUAGGUUUAGGAUGAAAUGCCACCUCUGUGUGAACUAUAUUGAGAUGCAGACGGAUCCUGCGACUUGUGACUAUGUGAUAGUAAGUGGAGCAAGCAGGAAAGAGGAGCGCUGGGACAUGGCUGAAAAUGAGCAGAUCCUGACCACCGAACGGGAAGAGAAAGAAAAGCUGGAGACGGACGCCAUGUACAAACUGGACCAUGGUGGGAAAGACAAGGAGAAGCUCACAAAAGCUCUCCCUUCUCUGUCGGAAAUCCAGGAGUAUCAGGCAGGUUGGAAGGAUGACUUUCAGAUCAACAGCGCCCUCCGCAGGAAGUUCAGAGAAGAGAAGAAAGUUUUGGCCGAUCAGGAGGAAAAAGAUAACGCUGUGAAGAUGAGAGCAAACUUAUCCAUACCGCUGCUGCCAGAGAAAGAAGAGGACAAAAAAUUGGCUGGACUAUUAACUUACCAGACAACUGUGUCUUAUGAGGACAAACAGCACAGCAAGCGGAAGGAGAUCGCCACACGUUCAUGGUUUAAUACAUCGUCCACGCCAGCAGGGGGUGCUGCAGGCAGUCUGCUUUAUAAGCUGAGCCUGCAGGGGAAAGAAGCUGCUGUGGCUAAAGCCCUUGGUUCCUCACAGAGUCCCUUAAUUCGCAGACGCUCCAGUGCAUCUAAGGCUAAAAUUGAACAGUGCGACGGCAGGAACCAGGAAGAGUCUGAACGGGAAGAGGACACAUGCGAAAAAGAACUUGUAACACAGACGGAUAAAACUCAAUUUGCAUCAAUACAUGAAGUGGAGAAGGCAUCAGUGAAAAAUGGCUCUAGCUCAAAUGAGCAGUUUGUAAAAGCCACAGAACAAGGACUGACUAAUGUAGUGGACGGUGGGAGGGAGAAGGACUCAGCCAAAUGCUCUGGAGGAGUCACAUCUUUGGUUGCCGACUACAGCGACUCAGAUUCUGAUUCUUGACUUGGCUUGGAUAAUAAACCAUAUGGAAUUUUCUGCUCCUGAGGAACAAAAAUAAAAAAAAUUCUAAACAAAAUAUAGAAGUCUGCUU